AUGUUUUAUCACGCCUAUAACAGUUAUUUGAAAUAUGCUUAUCCUUUAGAUGAAUUGAAGCCUCUUUCAUGUUCAGGUAUGAACACUUGGGGUAGCUUUAGCCUUACAUUGAUCGAUUCUUUGGACACUUUGUUAAUCAUGGGUAAUGAGACAGAGUUUAUUCGAGCUUCAAAGUUGAUUUUAGACUCUAUCAAGGUAGAUUCCAAUGUCAACGUUUCUGUUUUUGAAACUAAUAUACGGGUAGUUGGGGGGCUUAUCACUGCCCAUCUAUUGUCUGGAAGAGAACCGGGAUGGCCGUGUUCUGGGCCACUGCUUCGUCUAGCUGAACGUUUUGCACAAAAACUUCUGCCAGCAUUUAAUACUGAUACUGGAAUGCCUUAUGGAACUGUUAACCUUAAAUACGGAGUGCAUAAAUACGAGACCCCAAUUACGUGUACUGCAGGAGUGGGAACAAUGAUUUUAGAACUUGGAGCUUUGUCAAAGCUUACUGGUAACCGAAAUUAUUUUUUUUUCGCACAAAAGGCGUUGGACGCUUUGUGGGAGUCUCGCAGUUCGCUUGGACUUGUGGGAAAUCAUAUAAAUGUUCAGAGCGGUGAGUGGACGGCUACUGACGCUGGCAUUGGUGCUGGAAUUGAUUCUUAUUUCGAGUACCUUGCUAAAGGGGCUUUGUUAUUCCAGCGACCGAAGCUUAUGAGACAGUUCAAUGAAUAUAUGAAGUCAGUGAACAGAUAUGUUCGAAAAGAAGAUUGGUUUGUUUGGGUAUCUAUGACAAAGGGUCAAGUCUCAUUACCCAUUUUCCAGUCAUUGGAAGCUUUCUGGCCUGGUGCAUUGACUGGGAAGGUAGCAGAUGCACAGAGGAUUUUGAUGCAAUAUAGUCAUGUCAUUAGGCAGUAUGGGCUUCCUCCAGAAUUCUAUAAUCUCCCGAAUCAGGAAGCAGUGAAAAAACGAUCAGGAUAUCCUUUGAGACCGGAAUUCAUUGAAAGUGUCUAUUAUGUUUACAGAGCAACUAAAGAUCCUUGGUUACUUCAGCUUGCUGCAGAUAUCACCGAGGCAAUCGACUUUAGUUGUCGUACUUCCUGUGGAUUUGCUACGAUAGAAAAUGUUGAUGAUCAUACGAAGGAAGACAGGAUGGAAUCGUUCUUUCUUUCUGAAACAACGAAGUAUCUAUACCUUAUUUUCGAUGAGGAUAAUUUCAUAAACAAUGACGGCACACGCUCACGAAGAGUGGAAACACCUAAUGGACCUUGUAUUUUGGAUGCUGGUGGUUACGUCUUCAACACCGAGGCUCAUCCGUUGGAUCCUGCUGCUCUUUAUUGCUGUGGUACCAAGAGAAAUAAUGACUUAAGGCUGCUCAAGAAUUUUGAAAAUGAGAUUAAUCUCCUCGAUCUUAUUGAAUUGCCACAUAAUUCAUUAGAUAGUUCAUCAUCUCCUGAGACUAGCCAGGCAACUAUGUUAAAUAUUUCAAAAAUAAGUUCAUCAAGUGCUCCCCAUUAUUCGAACAAUUUUCUAAAAAUUUAUUUUUUUACUUUUUUUGGCUUGCUUAUAAGUUACUUGAAUAUAAAGUUAUUUCUCGUUCUGCAGGAUUUGGAAGAGGUUGACAAACAGAGUAAUUUAACAGGACAUAGCCCCGAACCUGAAAAUCAGAUAGUGAAUGGGACAACAUUACAAGAGCAUAAGUCUGCGACUGGAAAAGUUUGUCUUAAAAGUCAUCCCGUGCUUAGUUAUCAGGUUUUUUCUUUCAGUCUCUCAGUGUAA